CUCAUGUGACCGACCAUUAAGUUUAAUUUACCUGGCAUUGCUCCUACCCUGUCUUCUCUUCUUUGUAUUCUCAUAUAGUAUAUACUAAACUUUACUCACUUUGUUUAUCAAACAACUAAUUCAGACCAACUACUCCACUCUACAAAACGCAGAAAAAGGAACAAAAGUUGUGCACAUUAAAGGAAAUGGCAACAGAACUUGAAAUUACUGAACUCAGGUUGGGACUUCCAGGGGGGAAAUUGGAGAAAAAUGAGAAGAAAAGGGUGUAUUCUGAAAUUACAAGCAGUGACCAGAACAGCAGCAACAACGUUAAUUACGAUGAUGGAAAUUAUAACUACUGUCAAAACAAGAAUGAAUUUGUGGGGUGGCCGCCGGUUUGUUCUUAUCGGAAAAAGAACAGCUUUAAAAUGUACGUCAAAGUUAGCAUGGAUGGUGCGCCAUUUCUUAGGAAAGUUGAUUUGAGCAAUCACAAGGACUAUUCUCAACUUGUCAUGGCUCUUGAGAAGCUCUUUGACUGCUAUGGAAUUGGAGAAGCAUUGGAGGAUGCGGACAAGUCAGAGUACGUUCCGAUCUAUGAAGACAAAGAUGGAGAUUGGAUGCUUCUUGGCGAUGUUCCAUGGCAAAUGUUCAGUGAGUCAUGCAAAAGGCUAAGGAUUAUGAAGAGAUCGGAUGCGAAGGUUAUAGGGAUUGGAGCAAGGGACUUUCUCAAGGGAAUGUCUCAAGAGAAAUGAGGGCAUGUCAAAUUUAUCAGUUACCACUGGCCUAGUGGCUUCCAAAAUUUAAUUAUAUUUACAUAUGUAACUGUAAUCUUAGGUGUGAUGCGAACACCCUAGACUUAAGUUAUGAUUUCCUCUUAAUUAUUCUAAUGACUGCAAUUUUUUUUAUAAAUGACUAUCUAUUUUUCCUCAAUAAUUAGGCUAUGUGAACCCAAUUAUUGUGCUUAAAUUGUGGCCAGCAGUUAACGCAUUAGCGUUUGCUACCCUUA